CUUUCGCUUUGUCACAAUUCUCAAAAGCAUAAGCUUCUGAAGUGCUUGUCUCACAUUUAAUAACCUUUUAUAUCCGUCAAAUAAAUUAAAUUGCCAUACUCAGCGCCUAAUGAAAUACAGAUUAAAAUUUCAAUGCUUCACAAAGAAAACAUAUUUUUUAACCAUCAACUAAAAUGUGAAGUCCAGAAGACACUACUUAGUUAAGAGUUUGAGAUACCAGUGUAAUUAAUAAAUUAAACAUUUUAAAAUCUGUAAUAUAUGUAAAUAAGUGUAAUAUUAUGACAACUUCUUGGGAUAUGAUGAAAUACGCCAUAAACAGUAUUACGUAGGGAGGGUCAAUGAUUUCCGAGAAGAGAGCCGUCAUCAGCUUUUUCGCUAUCUCUCUUAGAGCUUGCGAAUGCAUUUCUCUCUUGGCAAGAUUUUCGUCGCAGUUUUCAGUUUGCAAAUCGCUCCUGAGCGAAAAGCUUGCGAUGGGAAACGCACGGACGAUAGCCGAUUUGCCGCUCGAAGUCCUCGAUCUGAUAUUCGAACAUCUUUGUUACUUGAAAUACAAAGUGAGCCUGGCUCAGGCUUGCGAAAAGCUCGGAAAAGCUUUUGCCUUUCACUGCCGCAAUGAGUUCAGGAAACUGGCGCCAAAUGCCCAACUAAGCCCCGAUUCGUGGGUGUUUGUCAUUCAAGAAUGUGGCUCAGAAGUUGAGGAGUUAUUCCACAGUGGACCCCUCAGAGGACUGCACUGGAACGAUCUCAUAGCGCAGGCUGUUGUGGAGCACUGUCCCAAUCUUGAGUCGGUAUCAAUUUGUCUAAUGAAGAUGAAAAGCUCUUUAGUAUCAGUUGCAUUGGACCAACAGGAAAGUUUUCCUCUAGAAAUCUUAAAAACGGUCAGCGAAAUUACCCAAUUACAAAAAUUAUCAUUUAAAGGAUAUGUUGACGAAAAUGUUUACCAUAUACAGAACUUGGUCGCCCUGGAGAAGCUGGCGAUUGAAAACCAAUAUUAUCUAAGAAGAACUUCCGUCAACUUACCAAGGAUUUGUGCUCCCCUAAAGAAACUCCGAGACUUAUCUGCGUUCAAUGUAAAAAUAGUUUCAUCCGAAGAGACUUACUCAGGGAUGUGGCUCGCCUUGGAAUCUCUGUCACUGAUUCGCUGCGAGUUAUCCAUCGAAUUGCCCGACUGCCCAAAGCUCACGUACUUGGAUAUGGAAAGCCUCACUUGUCGGAAGGAGGGCUAUAUUUUGAGAUAUGUUCUCAAAAAUGGAGCAAAUCUUAAAACUUUGUAUGAGAGUUGUGAACCUCCAUUCAGUGCCGAUGGCUUUCUUGAGCUGCUUCGGGGAUGUCCCAAACUCCGAUACUUCUACACUCCCAUGGACUACAUAAAACUCUAUUCGGCCUAUGUGUCUACCAUAGUGGAAAUUCUCGAGAGCAAUGGAGUUACGCGCGAGGACCCUUUAAAACUGGUCAUAAGUAGGCGUAUUAAGUGGAAGUGGUUCCGAAGAUUACUUCUUCGGACCCCCAAUGCGGAAUUGAUCGAUUUGUAUGAGGCUGAUACUGAUUAAAAAUAAAUCCUUCUAAUUUAAGUACUUAUUUAUUUUUUAAAUAGUAUUUACAUUGAUUUUCUU